CCUAAAACCGAAAACCGAAAACAGAAUAAUAAUAAAAUAAAUUUAGAUAACUUAAUCAAUAUACAAGAAGAAGGAACGGAACCGCCGCCUUCUCUCCCCCGCCCCAAAAGGAGGUUCCAAUUAGAUUUAAACGAAAAAACGAAGACACCUUUUUCCUUUUCGGCUCUACAAAAAUAAGGCAAAUAGGAAAAGAGCAGAGCGAGAGACAUCGAUAGACGAGAUAUAGAGACGUAAGCUAACCCACAUUCACAGUAGAAAGGAGAAGGCAGAAGCGGGUACGCGGGGAAGGGAUAAAGAGACAAGGAGAUAGAGAUAAAGAAAGAGUGUAGAAUUGUUAGCGGUGUUCAUUUUAAAAGCUUUUACUGAUCCUAAAAUCUAAGAAAUCACACGAAACCACACACAGAACACGCACAACACAGAGAGCACAGAGAAUCAGAAUGAAGAAGAGCUCCACCCUGACAACGACAACGUCGAUGCCGACGAGUCCCACGCUCUCGGCACAGACGCUCUCCGCCAGCAAGAUUAGCCUGAACAGCAGCAGCAGCAGAUCGGGCUCGGUGGCGGGAUCGAUACGCUCCUCCUGCCAGUCACCGGUUAGGCCGGGCCGCGGCUGCGUGGACGCCAUCAAGGCCAAGCGCGAGGAGAUCGAAAUCGACACACUACUCGAGAAGGCGAAGUUCUAUACCUCCGUGUGCCUUGGUACAACUGCCAUUUUGUCGGUGUUCACAUUCCUCUUCCUGAUACCCUUCGUAGUGGAUCCCGCCAUCUCAACGAUCAUUGCCGACUACGAUCCAGUGCCCGUGACCUGCAUUGUGAUCGAUCACAUCUAUGCGGAGGGCAUCAAGAACUGCAGCUGGAGCUCCUGUCGCGAGGGCUGCACCUCAUCACUCACCAAGUGCCAUCAGUUGUUUGUCAACUAUACGCGCAUCCCGUACAGCGACUGGGAGCGAAAUCCCCGGGACCUGGACACCGUCAACUGGGAUGUUAGCUAUACAAAGUUUCUGAUUAACUCCGAGGGCUGCGGGUACCCGCCCACGACCAACUGCAGCGUCUUUGCCAGGCAGUAUGGCUUCUCUCAUAUUGGGGAGCCGUUCCCCUGCUACUACAGCCGUGCCUAUCCAGAGGUGGUUAUCGGCCGCUACUCGUGGGAGAACAAUCUGUACCAUCUGAUCCUAUCGCUGAUCAUACCGAAUGUGCUCUUCGCCAUCUCCAUCGGGGUGCUGAGCUACUGGUACUGCCCCUGCUGCGAGAAGGCCUGCAAUAAGUCCUCGCGGGUCUACGCCGAGAAGUUCCCAACCAAGGAAGACAAACUUCUGUGUCACAGUGACGAAGAUGAUGAUAUGGAAUACUAGCAAAAAUACAAAUUAGCUAAAGCUAAAGCUAAAGCCCCUAAACAAAUAGCGAACUCAACUUUGUAGUCUGUAUCACAAACACACCCACACACACACACACACAUAGCUUAUAUUAAAUAGAUAUAAAAACAUACAAUACAUAUAUGAAUCGAUCGAUAGAGAAAUUCCAUUUACCAUCUGCCAACUCACAAAUCGGACGAUAUACAUACAUACAUACAUACAUACAUAUAUAUGAAGUACUCGUACAAAAAAUAAUAAUUAUAAAUUGCCAGCGGAGCAUCGUCGGAGGAAGGAAGGAAGGAUAGCGAUAGCGAUACCGAUAACGAUAACGAUAACCUUUUCCACUUGCAUAUAUGUAUAAAUAUAUAUUUUAUUCGAAACUUUUGCGCUCUACAAUUCACAUCCCAUCUUAGCCAUCAAGCCAUGCAAUAAUACUUUAUUCGUACUAUAUAGAAGAAGAUCCUUGUUUCAAAAUACUGUACUGCACUGUACUGUCCUGUAUAACUUUAGAACUUUGGCUUUUGGUGUGGACGAUGCUCCGCUCUAUGAUUGCUCGACUCUCGACUUCGAUUUACAGAAUGAUAAUACCAAAUACCAAUUAAAGAAUCGCUUGUUUUCAACAAAUUGUGAUAGUAGUCAUAAAAAUAUUAAGUAAAUUCGUAAAAACUAACUAAAAAUGAUAAUGAAAACAAAACAUGGCAAACGAAAACGAAGAUGAAGAGAAAAAGAAAAACCAAACCAAACCAAUCAAACCAAUUGUUAGGGAACCGAGUCCGAGUCCGCUAAGAUGAAGGUUCGUAGAGAAGAUGUUGGCAUGAUAGAUGAUAGAUUUAUCACAAGAUACUCGUACAAGAUACAAUCCAAGAGUUCAAGCAGAAGAACCAAAUUUCUCACUCCAAAAAGUACACACAUACACACUCUCAAACAUUUUUGAAAUAGUUUUAAAAACUCUUAUGUAAAAACGAACAUCUAAUGAAUUAUAGCAAUACAUACAUACAUAUAUAUGUAUAUAUACAUAGAUAUAUAUAUAUAUACAUAUACAUAUAGCUUAGCAGAACCGAUAAAACGCACGUUGCUUAUGAGAAUUUUUUUAAAUCAUACAAAACAAAAAACAAAACCAAAAAAAAC